UGUCAAAUCAAUAGUGCCUUGACCUCAUUUCAUACUGCUUUGGAACUUGCAACAGACCAAAGGGAGAUUCAACAUGUCUGCUUAUAUGAAAUAGGUUGGUGCAGCAUGAUAGAGAUGAAUUUCAAAGAUGCAUUUGAAUCCUUUGAACGUCUUAAGAAUGAAUCCAGGUGGUCCCAGUGUUACUAUGCUUAUUUAACAGCAGUGUGUCAAGGAGCCACUGGUGAUGUCAAUGGUGCUCAGAAUGUGUUCAAGGAAGUUCAGAAGCUUUUCAAAAGAAAAAACAACCAGAUUGAACAAUUUUCAGUGAAAAAGGCAGAUAGAUUUAGAAAACAACUGCCGACCAAAGAGCUCUGUGUCCUGGCAUCCAUUGAAGUAUUGUACUUAUGGAAAGCCCUUCCAAACUGUUCCCUCUCCAACCUACAGCAUAUGAGCCAAGCUUGUCAGGAUGUUGAUGAUUCAUCGGCUGUUGGUUUGAAGAAUUUGCUUCUUGGUGCCAUACACAAAUGCUUAGGAAAUUCUGAAGAUGCUGUUCAAUUCUUUCAGCGAGCUGCUAAAGAUGAGCUGUGCCGUCAGAACAACUUUUAUGUCCAGCCGUACGCUUGCUAUGAACUUGGCUGUCUUCUGUUAGAUAAUCCAGAG